UCCUCAUUGACUCCAUUUUUGAAAAAACUCCUGAUUUUCUUUUCUUUUACCCGAAUCUCAUACUCUCUCCCAUCCUUUGGAUUCCCUCUUCCACUAAUCCUCGCCUCCUUAAUCGGACCUUCGAAAUCUCCUUUUCGGGAAGGUCUCUUUAAUUCAAUUCAAACUCCCAAUCGAUUUCAACUUUCUUGGAAUCUCCGUCUUCUUUCUUCAUCGGAGACACCUUUGUCGUGUUCAUAUCAAACAGUUCUCACUGUGUUUCCUAGUUUUCCAUCGUGAGACGAACUCGUAGGCUUUUUUUUUUUUUUUGUUGGGAGAUGUUGGGAGCUGGAUGUCAGUUGACGAGAGGACGACACGGAGAAGACCAUUUUUACAGCUCGGUGAAAGGCUCUCGUAAGCCUAAUCACCGCAACGACCAGCUACUACGGAGAGCUCAAAGCGACGUCGUAUCUAAUGGCCGAUCAGCUAACCCCAAGCAACACCGAGGAUCCGAGAACGAGUCUCCUUCUGGGCCGAGUAAUCUGGAACGGUUCUUAAAGUCCGUCACACCUUCUGUGCCGGCCCAAUACUUAUCUAAGACGUCGUUACGUGAAAGAAAAGCUGAUGGUGACGAUAAUGUUCCGUACUUUGUGCUUGGAGAUAUUUGGGAGUCGUUUGCGGAGUGGAGUGCUUACGGGGCAGGAGUGCAUCUUCUUUUGAAUAACAAGGAUCGUGUUAUUCAGUACUAUGUGCCUUCCUUGUCAGGGAUUCAAAUAUACGCUGAUAUUCAUGCCUUGAGUUCAGCGCUUAAAGCAAGGCGGCCAGGUGAUGGUAGCGAUGAUUCAAGUAGCGAUGUUAGCACGGAUAGUGAUUCGGAACGGGUUACUGCUAGGAUGGACCAUCUUGAAGACUCAUCUAGUGAUGAUGGUGAACGUUUAGGUUCUCAAGGUCGUUUGAUGUUUGAGUAUCUUGAAAGAGACCUUCCUUACAUCCGUGAACCUUUGGCUGAUAAGGUCUCUGACCUGGCUGCACGGUUUCCUGAGCUGAAGACGUUAAGAAGCUGUGACUUGCUUCCUUCAAGCUGGUUUUCUGUGGCGUGGUAUCCAAUUUACAAAAUACCUACAGGACCUACAGUUAAAGACCUGGAUGCUUGCUUCUUGACUUAUCACUCUCUUCACACACCGUUUGCAGGUCCAAGCAGUGCACAACCAAUGAGCCUUAUGCAGCCCAUAGAGACUGAGAAUAUGUCAUUACCUGUAUGUGGGCUCGCUUCAUACAAGUUCAGAGGUUUUGUAUGGACUCAAAAUGGAGGCUCUGAGCACCAGCUAGUAAACUCUCUCUUCCAAGCUGCUGACAAUUUGUUGCGUUCAUGUCAUGUUAGCCACCCUGAUUUCCUCUUCUUUUGCCGCCGCUGAUAUGAUAACUUUUAGUACAAUUUAAAGAAAAAGGAAGUUUCUCUAUAAGGAACAGCCAAAAUGAAAUUUGUGAAAACAUUUUUAGUGGUUCACAAAGAGUUUGAAUAUUAAACUCAAACUGCUGUUGAUGGUUUACGACGUACUCACUUCGUUUCGAAUUACUGGUGUUCUAGACAAUUUUAAUAGACAAUUUUACGUAGAUUAAGAAAAGUAAUUAUUUGUCUAUUAUACCUUUAUCAAUCAAAUUUAUUUACAAGUUUAAUUGUAUGUUUUAGUAUUUUAAAUUAGUAGUAAAAAAUAAUUC